UAUAUAAUAGAAAGAAAACGAAUGAUCUCAGCCGUUCAUUUUAAUUUCAAAAUAUCUAUAAAUAGAAAGAAAACUUUCCUCUAAUAAUCCAUACAUGCAUAAUAUUCAGUAUACUAGUAAAUAUUAUCUCAUACUCAUAUAUAUCAUAUUCUCCAAAAACCCAAAAAAGAUAAUAAUGAAUAACCCUCUAAACUCCGAAGAUCUAAGAAAACAAGGCCACAUGGUAAUCGAUUUCAUAGCCGAUUACUACAAAAACAUCGAAACAUACCCAGUUCUAACCAAAGUCCAACCGGGUUACCUCCAAACCCGUUUACCCGAAUCCGCUCCAACCGACCCCGAACCACUUAAAGCCAUUCUCGAUGAUAUAACCCGACACAUAAUCCCGGGUUUGACCCAUUGGCAAAGUCCGACCCAUUUCGCUCUAUUCCCAAACACUGCCUCCACAGCCGGGUUUCUCGGCGAAAUACUCGCCGCUGGCUUCAAUGUCGUUGGACUCAACUGGGUCUCGUCUCCGGCAGCUACGGAGCUCGAAACUAUACUCAUGGAUUGGCUCGGUGAAAUGCUGAAACUCCCUCAGUCUUUUCUCUUCUCCGGCACUGGCGGCGGUGUGCUUCAGGGGACCACGUGUGAGGCUGUUAUUUGUACGUUAGUGGCGGCGAGAGAUCGGAAACUUGCCCAAAUUGGAGGAGAUAAUAUUGGGAAGCUUGUUGUUUAUGGGUCGGAUCAAACUCAUAGUGCGUUUCAGAAAGCUUCGAAAAUCGUCGGAAUCUUGCCGGAGAAUUGUCGCAUUAUAGAGACGAAUAAAACGAUGUCGUUUUCAAUGUCGUCUAAGAUUCUAAAACAGAAGAUGUUUGCUGACGUGGAAGCUGGGUUAGUCCCGCUUUUCGUUUGCGCUACUGUGGGGACCACUGCAACCACAGCCGUCGAUCCACUUGGAGCUAUAGCUGACGUGGCAAAAAAAUAUGAUGUUUGGGUCCACGUGGAUGCUGCUUACGCGGGAAGCGCGUGUAUUUGUCCUGAGUUUAGACACUUCAUCGAUGGAGUCGAGCGCGUGAACUCGUUCAGUUUCAACGCACACAAAUGGCUUUUUACUACUCUAGACUGUUGUUGUCUUUGGGUGAAAGAUCCUAAAGCGUUGACCAAGUCGUUGACUACAAGUCCUGAGUUUUUGAAUAACAAAGCUACAGAGUCAAAGAAAGUGGUUGACUAUAAAGACUGGCAGAUCGCAUUGAGCCGAAGAUUUCGAGCCCUUAAGCUGUGGCUCGUACUUCGUAGCUACGGCGUAGAGGGGCUUCGAAAUUUAAUUCGAAGCCAUGUGGAGAUGGCUAAGCAGUUUGAAGCUCUUUUGGGCUCAGACGACAGGUUUGAGGUUGUCGUUUCGAGAAACUUUUCCUUAGUUUGCUUUAGAAUUUCUCCCUUUGCUAUUACUAAAUUUAAUCGUCAGAAGAUUGGAAACGACGUCGUUCGUGGUGAUGUUGUUAUUAAUGGUGAUAAAUAUUUAAGGGAAACGUGCAUAAAUGAGGUGAACAAAGAGUUGUUGGAAUCUAUAAACGGGUCGGGUCGGAUUUACUUGAGCCAUUGUGUGGUGGGUGGGGUGUUUGUGCUCCGAAUGGCUAUUGGGUCAACGUUGACUGAGGAGUCUCAUAUUGUUAAGGCUUGGAAGGUGGUGAAAGAACAUGCACACGUAAUACUAGCUAAUUAUGUGUGAUAUUAUAUAUAAAUAUAAAUAUAUAUAUAUAAGUAAUUUGUGGUAUAAAUAUUUAAGUUUAACUCUCGGUUCCAAAUAUAUAUUUAAGUUUAAUUUUUGACGAUAAUAAUAUUUAAGUUAUAUUUUUAAAACUCUGUAGGUACAUGACCGUAAUUUAUUAUCCAUGUCAUUUUCUUAUUAAUAUAUUUAAACUAUUUUUUUUUAAAAAAAAAUAAAAAUUUAAUGACUUGGACAAAUCACAGAUUGCCAUAUGAUAAUUUACUUAAUAUUUAAUAGUCAUGUACCUACAGAAGUUCUAGAAUUAUAAUUUUGAUAUUAUUACUUACAAAAAUUAAACUUAAGUAUUUAUUUGCAACUGAGAGUUAAACUUGACUUGAAUAUUUAUACCGCAAAUUAUUCAAUAUAUAUUUAUGAUGAGUGUUUUAGGUACUAGUGAUGCUUAAUGCUAUCAUGAAAUAGUAUUGAAUAAUAAAAAGUAUUGUUUUUUUUUU